AUGUCUGGUAAAAGACAAAGAGAAGAAAGCCCAGAAGAUGUUGGAUUCACAAUCAACAAAAAGUUCGCAGAAUCAUUUGAAAGACGCAAAAGGCGAGAAGAAAUAAUAAAAGCUAAAGAGAAAGCCAAAGCUUUAAAAAUUAAUCCAGAAUCGGAAUCUGAAGAAAGCGAUUCAGAAAGCGAAGACUCAGAUGCAGAGCUUCUAACUAAAAAGGCAAAUGCAAAAUUCAUGAAAGCUAUAUAUAUGAUUAGAAAAAAAGACCCAAAGCUGAAAGACCCAAACUAUAAAAUUUUCAGUGAUUCAGAUUUUGAUACUUCCUCAGAGAAAUCUAAAGAUGAAGAAAAGCCAAUCCGCUAUAAAGAAUUAAUUUCCCAGGAAAUCAAAAAAGGAAAAAUAAUUGAUGAAGACGAAAUCCGGCCUGAAACCAAGAUUGAGGAACAAAAAAGGCUAAAAGAUGAAUUUAAGGCCGCAGCAAACAGUUGGAAAGUAAAUGAUAGCGAUGAAAUUCUAAGCUUAAGGAAAAAAACAGCCCAAGAAAUCAAAGAUGAAGAAGCAAAGUUCCAGGAGUUUGUGGAAGAACAUACAAAAUUUGAGAAAAAAGAAAAGAAAGAUCUAAAUGAACUCAAAGAAUUUUGGCUCUCUAAAAAAGACAAAGAUGAAGAAUUCUUAAAAAAUUUCGUAAUUAACCGCAUGUGGAAAGAUGAAGCAGAAACCUUAAAAACUUAUGACGAAAUUGUAGAUGUCGAAGAUGAAAAAAACUAUGAAGAAGCCGAAAAAUUCGAACAUGUUUAUAACUACAGAUUUGAAGAAGAAGGUGCUGAAAAAAUUAUAAGUAAUUUCUAAAUAGCCCACUCAAGACAGGUUGAAGGAAGCGUCAGACUUAAAGAUAACAAAAGAAAAGAACAAAGAGAAAAUUUGAAGGAAAGAAAAAUGAAAGAAAAAAUAAGAAAGGAAGAAGAAAUCAAAAGGUUAAAAAAUCUGAAAAGGCAAGAAUUGCAAGACAAACUGAAAUUGAUUAAAAAAAUGGGAGGGAUUGACCCAAAUUUGAAUAAAAAAGAACUUGAGGAAGAUUUUGAUCCUGAUAAAUACGACAAAUUAAUGGACUCUAUGUAUGGAGAAGAUUAUUAUGAGGAAGAAGAAGAAAACUAUUCUGAUUUAGAAAUAGAGGAUAUUGAGAAAAAUAUAGAAAAUGCUGAAGAAAACGCUGAAGAAGCUAUGAACAUUGAAAAAGAUCCACAAGAGAAGUCAGUGCAAGAUAUACUAAAAGAGUUAAAGGCUUUAGAUUAUGAAGAUAUGAUUGGCGAUAUGCCUUGCAAGUUUAAAUAUCGCCAAGUGGAUGCUGAAGACUAUGGCCUUAAUGAUGAUGACAUUCUCAAUUGGGAUGAUGCAAAGUUAAACCAAUUAGUCAGUCUCAAAAAACUAGCUCCAUAUAGAGAAGACCAAGGAAAAGUCAAUAAAUCCAAAAUCAAAAAGAAAAAGAAAUUCUUGGAAAAAGCACACAAGUCCUCCAAAAAAGAAAAGCACCACAAAAAGCACCAUAAGCAUGAAAAACAGGAUCGGUUUGAUUCCUACAAGUUACAAGACUAA